GUGAGCUUUGGGGGGCCAACUUCAGUUCGGGCGCGCGUUGCGAAUGGCGUCAGGUUACACGCGAUGAAGGUGAGGGGACUUGGGGAGAAUGGUUCGGAAAAUUCUGGGUGGAUUUCUUGCAGGAGUGGAAGGCUGGUGCUUCUCGGGAGCCUUGCGUUCAGUUUUCGGGUGGUCUUAUGCGUGCCUUGGUCUCGGGAGAAGUUGGAAAGUCGGCCCUUGGCCCCCGCGCCUCAGCCUCUGUGAAGAUGGAUGGCUGCGAGUUGCCUACCAAAAUGCCCUGCGUGGCAGUGCCUGACUCGUCGCAGAGGCGACAGCACCCCCUCAUUUCCCUUUCUUUUCCAAGUUUCCCUCCACCCAUCACAGCUCUUCUCGUCUCCACAGCUCUUCUCGUCCCAACCUCCGUCGCUCGGCCAAAAGCCGCAUCCUUCCACAGCUUACAGCACGCCGACAACGUCUAUAAUGGACCCUCUCUCCGUUGCCGCGUCGGCCAUCGCCCUUGCCCAGGCCGUGGGGGCGAUCGGGGCUGGAAUCGACUCGCUAAAAACCCUACAAAACACGUCGGCAGAAUUCUGCGACAUGCUCAACGAGCUGUCCUCGCUCCGGGCGCUGCUCUAUCAGCUGCGAGGAACUAUGGAAGCCGCGGCCGAGCCUGGAUUCCUGCUCCCCCAGCGCGCCGUCGAGCCCGUAACCAAAAUUCAGCUAGAGCUCAGCCAAAUCGUCAACGAGAUUGAUGCUAUCUCCAGAGACAUCGCGCGCAAAAGCAAUGGUGUUAACAAAAAGGGCCAGCAAAAGAUAUCAGUGUUGCGAUGGCAGCCGAGGCGGCAAAGGCUUGUCGACCUGCGCGAGAAAGCAAGACGCUGCCGCGACAACCUGUCCGCCUGCAUCGACCUUCUCGGAUUCUCCCACCAGAUUCACCAAGGCCGGCUCCUGGUGGAAGUGCAUGGAAUCCUAGCAACAUCCACGAGCACUGUCGAGGGGGGCUUCGACAGGAUGCAGCAGAACCUAGAGCAACUAACCAAUCUUGUCGACCACCGGCUCAAUUCCGUCCACAGCCGGUUCGAUGCCCUGGAAUCACAGAUUACCCACGCCAGGCCAGAAGAUGCUUCGACGUACGUGGCCAGCCAGCCAUCUUCCGUGGUCCACAUUCAAACGUCUGUCCGCCAAAAGUGCAGCCUGUACUGCAAUUGCCAAUGCCACACGUCGUCUGCCGUCCGAACUCCACGCUGGGCGAGGUCUCUUGUCGGCUCGUUUUUCGUCCAAUACAACAGCAUUCCACUUUUUGAUCGGAGGACCUGCAACAUCUCUUCGUGUCGAUCAACCUCCCGGAAGUCCAUGACAAUGACCUACAGCUUCCCGAACUGGCUCAUCAGCCGCGCCAUAUGUGCCACUGCAGUCUGGGGGUCCCUAACAGACGCCGGUGCUUCACUACAUCUCCGAGUACCGAGGGUCAAAAACAUGCGGAAUGUCUGGGACGCUGUAUUUCUAAACCUUGUUGAUUGGUUGCGAGACAUGAUAGCCAGGAAAGAGCUUCUUUCCACAGAUAUCGACGAUAGGGGUGAAAGCAUAUUGAAUGAACGCGAACUCAAGUAUUUGAUGUCUUUGUUACAUUCUCAAUACACUCAUUCACUGGCGCACAAUGAUGAAAGCUAAUAAUCAUGACAUGUGAUCAAAUUCAUGUAGCUCUUGGUCUACAUGGACAGAU